AUUUUCUUUCCCCCACUCUCUUUGCCUAGCUUGUCUUCUGUCCUAGCCAGCAAAGCAACUGCUACCCCUGAGCUCAUCAGAGAGUGGUGAGGUGAACGGAAAGCCGGGAGGAAGCAGAGGCAGGACACCUGACCCGAAAUAGCCAAAGGGGUAUUCCACACCACAGCAUGUCAUGCCCAGUAUAUAAACUGGGGGGAGUUACCCAGAAGGGUCUGAUCGCUGCUCGGGUCGGGCUGGGCAUCAGUCAGCAAGUGGGUUGGAAUAUCAACAUGGAAAACAGUGUCGAUAUCAAGAUAGAAAACAAGGGGGAAAGAAACCCAGUAAAGCAGAAUCCACUGAUCAAAGCUGGGAAGAGGUUCUGUGGAGGUGUUGGGUACCUCACUGGAGACAUGAAGGAAUUUGGAGCCUGGCUAAAAGAUAAAACUCUCAUGAUCCAGUUUGUUGACUGGGUGCUGCGUGCGAUAUCCCAGGUGAUGUUUGUCAACAAUCCCAUCAGUGGGAUCAUCAUCGUUGCUGGCUUCCUGAUGCAGAACCCAUGGUGGACACUCACAGGCUGUUUAGGAACUGUUGUCUCCACUUUAACAGCACUUAUUCUGGGUCAGGAUAGAUCAGCCGUAGCAGCAGGCCUGUAUGGCUACAAUGGGCUCUUGGUGGGAUUGCUCAUGGCUGUCUUCUCUGAUAAGGGAGACUACCACUGGUGGCUUCUGCUGCCUGUAACACUGGUGUCCAUGAUGUGCCCUGUUUUCACCAGUGCUUUAGGGUCAAUCUUCUCUAAGUGGGAUCUGCCUGUUCUCACCUUGCCUUUCAACUUGGCCUUGACUCUCUACCUGGCUGCAUCAGGACCACAUAACCUCUUCUUCCCUACAAUUGUCAUUCAGCCUGCAACAGCAACACCAAACAUCACUUGGACAGAUGCUGAACUGCCAAUGCUCCUGCAAUCCAUUCCAGUUGGAGUGGGUCAGGUUUAUGGUUGUGAUAACCCCUGGACUGGGGGAAUCUUCCUGAUUGCUUUAUUUAUCUCUUCUCCUCUUACUUGUCUGCAUGCAGCAGUUGGAUCAGCAGUGGGGAUGCUGGCAGCACUGAGCUUAGCAACACCUUUUAGCAAAAUCUGCUCUGGCUUGUGGGGCUACAACAGCUCCCUUUCAUGCAUUGCCAUUGGAGGCAUGUUCUACGCUUUCACGUGGCAGACACAUUUGCUGGCAAUUGCCUGUGCGCUCUUCAGUGCCUACCUGGGAGCAGCAGUAACUAACAUGUUGUCUGUGUUUGGGGUACCAUCAGGAACCUGGGCUUUUUGCUUGUCUGCACUGACCUUCCUGUUAAUAACCACAAACAACUCUGCCAUCUACAAGCUGCCACUCUCCAAAGUCACCUAUCCAGAAGCCAAUCGAGUUUAUUACCUGAAGAUGAAGAAACAUCAGAGAUCUUGUUGUAAUGUAUGAAAACCCAAGAGAGAUACUUUGCAGAUUUUAAGGCAAGAGUACAACGUGUUUC